UGUGUCUUCUUGUCUUUCUCCCAGUACUCGUUAAUCUGCCGUCAUGGUGAACCAGGGUCAGCGCGGGGACGGGAGUUGGCAGUCGUGCAAGAGCGACUCCAGCAGCGCCAGCAACAGCGGCGGAGACAGCUCCAAGGAGAGCUCGCGGUCCUCCACGCCGGUGCUGGACGGGGACCGCUCCGACCGGCUGCGGGACAAGAUGCGGAGGAGGACGGAGUCCGGGGACCGCUGGUUCUCGCUGGAGUUCUUUCCUCCGCGCACAGCCAGCGGAGCCGUGAACCUCAUCUCCAGGUUUGACCGUAUGGGCAGCGGGGGGCCCCUGUUCAUCGACAUCACCUGGCACCCGGCGGGGGACCCGGGCUCGGACAAGGAGACCUCGUCCCUGAUGAUCGCCAGCACGGCGGUGAACUACUGCGGCCUGGAGAGCGUCCUCCACCUGACCUGCUGCAACCAGACCAAGGACAAGAUCAGCGGCCACCUGGCCAAAGCCAAGCACCUGGGCCUCAAGAACAUCAUGGCACUGAGGGGAGGUAGGACACAUCUCCACCCCGUCUCAAUAACAUUACCCGGUCUGCCUACCUCCACCUACGUACCAAAACUUUAUUGA